AUGGGCAGAGAGCUGAGAUGGAAGCAGCAGCAACCUCUUCAGAAAUCUGGGAACAAAAGGUUUUACUGGGACCUGAUCAUGCUCCUGCUGAUGGUGGGGAACCUCAUUGUGCUGCCUGUGGGCAUCACCUUCUUCAAGGAGGAGAACUCCCCACCUUGGAUCGUCUUCAAUGUCCUCUCUGACACUUUCUUCCUGUUGGAUCUGGUACUCAACUUCCGCACAGGCAUCGUGGUGGAGGAGGGUGCUGAAAUCCUGCUGGCCCCUCGCGCCAUCCGGUCUCACUACCUGCGCACCUGGUUCCUGGUCGACCUCAUCUCCUCCAUCCCCGUGGAUUACAUCUUCCUGGUGGUGGAGCUGGAGCCACGACUGGACGCCGAGGUCUACAAAACAGCGCGGGCCCUACGCAUUGUGCGCUUCACCAAGAUCCUCAGCCUCCUGCGGCUGCUCCGCCUCUCCCGCCUCAUCCGCUACAUACACCAGUGGGAGGAGAUCUUUCACAUGACCUAUGACCUGGCGAGCGCGGUGGUUCGCAUCUUCAACCUCAUCGGGAUGAUGCUGCUGCUGUGUCACUGGGAUGGCUGCCUGCAGUUCCUGGUCCCCAUGCUGCAGGACUUCCCCCCUGACUGCUGGGUCUCCAUCAACCACAUGGCGGCACCUGGGAGGGUGCCCCUGUCUUGCUUCCUCAAUCGCUGGGAGUCCGGCCCUGCCCCGCUACAUCCCGCCUUCAGCACCAGGGACAGCGGCAAGAACCGCAGCCGGGACAUCCCCGGCCCGCGCCCCGCCAGCGUCUCUAUUUUUCCUGGUAGUCGGCCCUGUUGA